CCAGUCACCAUGAUGCCAGUUACUGGUGGCACCAUUAACAUGAUGGAGUACCUGCUGCAAGGAAGUGUUUUAGAUCACAGUUUGGAAAGCCUCAUCCACCGUCUUCGUGGCUUGUGUGACAACAUGGAACCCGAGAAUUUCCUUGACCAUGAGAUGGUGUUCCUCCUUAAGGGUCAACAGGCCAGCUCAUUUGUCCUAAGGGCCCGGCGCUCCAUGGACAGAGCUGGAGCACCCUGGCACCUACGCUACCUGGGACAGCCAGAAAUGGGAGACAAGAACCGCCACGUUCUGGUGCGUAACUGUGUGGACAUUGCCACGUCUGAGAACCUCACUGACUUCUUUAUGGAAAUGGGCUUCCGCAUGGACCAUGAAUUUGUCUCCAAGGGAUACUUGUUCCUUAAGGACAUCAUGAAGAUUAUGGUGUACAAGAUUUUCCGCAUCCUGGUCCCUGGGAACACAGACAGCACUGAGGCCUUGCCCCUCUCCUAUCUUGUGGAAUUAAGUGUUGUCCCACCAGCUGGGCAGGACAUGGUCUCUGAUGACAUGAGGAACUUUGCAGAGCAGCUCAAACCGCUGGUUCACCUAGAAAAAAAUAGACCCUAAAAGGCUUAUGUGACUAAGAAAUCUGUCCAUCUUUGGGGCCUGUCCUCACUUGUUAGA